GUGGCAAAGAGUGACAUUGAGAAUAGAUUGUGCUGAGAGAUAAGGAGAUUUCUUGUAGAGAGGAAAAAAUUUAAAGUAAAGAAAAAAUGGCCUCAGCAUCUCUACUAAAGUCAUCCCCAGUUCUUGACAAAUCUGAGUUUUUAAAGGGGCAAAGCCUUCGUCAGCCUUCCGUCUCAGUGGUCCGUUGCCAUCCCACCAAUGCCACUUCUCUUACUGUCCGCGCUGCUUCCUCUUAUGCUGAUGAGCUCAUUAAAACUGCUAAAACUGUUGCAUCACCAGGACGUGGAAUUUUGGCCAUGGAUGAGUCGAAUGCCACUUGUGGAAAGCGUUUGGCUUCCAUUGGUUUGGAAAACACUGAGGCUAACCGCCAAGCUUACCGUACCUUGCUGGUGUCAGCUCCAGGCCUUGGACAGUACAUCUCUGGUGCUAUUCUUUUUGAGGAGACCCUCUACCAGUCUACCGUUGAUGGACGCAAAAUAGUUGAUGUUCUUAUUGAGCAAAACAUUGUUCCUGGUAUCAAAGUUGACAAGGGUUUGGUUCCACUUGCUGGUUCAAAUGAUGAGUCAUGGUGUCAAGGUCUUGACGGACUUGCCUCCCGCUCUGCUGCAUACUACCAACAGGGAGCACGUUUCGCCAAAUGGCGUACCGUGGUGAGCAUUCCCAACGGACCGUCUGCAUUGGCUGUGAAGGAAGCAGCAUGGGGAUUGGCUCGCUAUGCUGCCAUUUCUCAGGACAAUGGUUUGGUCCCAAUUGUGGAGCCAGAGAUCUUGUUGGACGGUGAACACGGCAUUGACAGGACUUUUGAGGUAGCACAGAAGGUCUGGGCUGAAGUCUUCUUCUACUUGGCUGAGAACAAUGUCAUGUUUGAGGGUAUCCUCUUGAAACCAAGCAUGGUUACUCCUGGUGCUGAAUGCAAAGACAGGGCCACUCCUCAGCAGGUCGCAGACUAUACUCUCAAUCUCCUCAAGAGGAGGAUUCCCCCAGCUGUCCCUGGAAUCAUGUUCUUGUCUGGUGGGCAAUCAGAAGUUGAGGCUACAUUGAACUUGAAUGCCAUGAACCAAGCUCCAAACCCGUGGCACGUGUCGUUCUCUUACGCAAGGGCUCUUCAGAACACUUGCUUGAAGACAUGGGGAGGACAACCUGAGAAUGUGAAGGCUGCUCAGGAUACUUUACUUGUCAGGGCCAAAGCAAACUCUCUUGCUCAGCUCGGAAAGUACACCGGUGAGGGUGAAUCUGAUGAAGCUAAACAAGGAAUGUUUGUAAAGGGCUAUGUCUACUAAGUUAUAGGCACUGAAGUCUUGAAGAAGAG